AAUCUCAUCUUCCAUCACAAUAUUCUUCCCUUUUUUCUUUUUCUUUUUCUUUUUUUCUAUUUAUGUUCCUUCAUUACUCCAAUUCCCACACACUGCACCUCUUCACUCUCUUCACUCUCUUCACUCUACUAGAUCCAACUACUCUCUCUCUCUUACUUUAACUCUCUCUCCUGAAAUAUCAAUGGAGGAGUCAGGGGAAAAUUGGCCUUCUGAUUCUUACUUGGAAGUAGGUAAUGAUGUCAAGGAUUUGUGUUUUGACGAUGAAGAAUUGGCCAGUGAAGAAGAUGAAGGAGAUUCGUUUGCUGAGAUGAAAAGUUCCGACAGAAAACAAAGACAACAGAAACUUAAAGAGAGGUUCCUUGCACUCUCAGCAACCAUACCUGGUUUCCAAGAGAUGGACAAGACAUCGAUCCUGGACAAAGCAAGCAACUACGUGAGACAACUGGAACAACGAGUGAGAGAGCUGGAGCAAGAAGUUCAAUCGAACAAGGUUUGUGGUAGCAGCAGUUCCUGCGAGGUGAACUCAAACCAUGGAUCAAAUCAAAUUCUUCCCGAAGUGAAAGUGAGAGUGUUGCAGAAGGAAGUGCUCAUAAUAGUGCACUGUGAGAAACAGAAAGGAAUCAUGCUCAAAAUACUAUCUCACCUCGAAAAUAUCAAUCUCUCUGUACUCAACAGCAGCGUCUUGCGAUUUGGAAAGUCCACACUCGACAUCACCAUUAUAGCACAGAUGGGUGAAGGAUACCAGAUGGGAGUGGAUGAACUGGUGGAGACUCUGAGAUUAACGAUCUUGAAUAAGUAGGCUGAGCUAAUUGUACUGUUUCAGAAACCUAGUAAUAAACUCUCUAGUUUACUCUUUUCAACAUUCUUUUAUUCGGCAAAUUCAUGAUCAUGACACUGUUAAACAUGUCACUCUCGAUCUUUCCUUUCACGAAUAAAAAAACAAUUCGAAAA